AUGCCCUCUGAUCCUCCUCACUAUCACUCUGAAACAUCUUGCUUACCGGGUGUAUAUCCUCUGACCCCCGUUCUCAUCCCAUUCAUCGCCACAUCACACGUUCGCCGACGAUAUCCCCGCUUUGGAUGUCGUGUCUUAGGAAUGAAGUGGCAAUACUUGAGGCAGGAAAUCAUCUCUUUUCUCUUUCUCAUUCUCUCUUCAACCAACCCUCACCUCUCAUCGCUGUACAUCCCUUCAAGAACAGUAACCAUCACUGUGGCAGACCGGAGUUCAGCGAUACCAUCCUCGUCUCCCACAGGCCAUCAUCGAGUCCUUGCCAGUCGGCAAGGCCUCCCGCAUCCCCUUCUUCCAUUCUUCGGUGGCAUCUUCCUUGGACGAAGAGGAACAUCAGUUAGCCUCCUAUCGGAGACUAACCUGCGGCGAACUGUCUUCCCUCCAUUUUUUUCACGUUAUUCUUUCUUGUUUUCCAACUCUAGCGCUGCCGCUCUUCGUUGUAUCAUCCUUCUGUGGCAAGAACGAACAGCAGUGGCGCGUUCGCUACCUGUUCUUCCAUGCCUUGUCUUCAGAUCUUCUUCAUCCCCCGCCUGCCCCCGCUCUGACCUUCUUGACUCGAUCUCAAGCUGCCUCCUGUUCUCUGAUCUUCUUUUGAUCCCGUCUUCUCUCUUCUCUCGAGUGCCAACGUGGAAGGUGGAACGUUACCGAGUUGAGGCUCAGCUAACACCCCGAUCAGUAAUUCCCAGCAUUCUCCCCCAAAUGCCCUCGCUCGUUUUUUGCCCUGUCUUCACGGCCAGUCCCGAGAGCAUCUUUCCCAACGCUGAGUCGACCAUUCAAGUUCCGCCAUACCCUCAGCCUCAAGCCUCGGAUAAUCCUGCCUCUAUGCGGAGCAACGUCCAGGCCAACAGAUGGGCGAUUGCUGUUGACACCGAAGACCAUCUUGCCCACAGAAAGGGAUGUUGGCGAGUCGUCGAUCAGUGUGACCGAGAACGCCGCCUUGGGCCUAUCUCUGGAGGCGUCGGCCGCGCCCAUGCCAACCCGAAGGAUGAGAUCGAGGAGACAGUAUCCUCCCGCAGGGUUCCAUCCACCAUUGACAUGGAUCGGAUCGCGAGGAUCUGGGGAAAGGGAGACUGUGACAAGGUGAAAACCCAAAAGAGCCCAGUCAUAGGACACAAUGGACAAUUGUUUCAGCUGUCAGACUUUGCCAAGGAAUCCAAAAACGAUCAAAUCACCAGGAUCCACACCAGACAGGGUCUCUUUGUCCUCGUGGAGCGAGGAGUCGAUAACUGCCCAUUCAAAUCUGCCAAAUCGUGCCGUGAGGCCAACCGGCAUUCGUUUGUCGUUGGUGGAUCGUCGCCUAUUCAAGAAUCAUCGACAUCAAACGAAACUUCUGGAGCCACGACUCCGGAACGAGAUGGACAAGGGGAGUUCGCUGCCGCUCAAGCGAUGGCGAAACAGGUUCCUACCCAGAAGGAUGAGCCAUCCGCUGGCCAAUCGCUCGAACCUUGGAAUCGAGACCAAAAGGUGCCGCGCUACCGUCAGAUCCCAUUGCGUGCCCCACAUGGCACACCAGCCGGACAAUGGCCAGGUGACUGGGCUUGCCCUACCUGCUGGUACAUAAAUUUUGGUAGGAAUCGCCGUUGUAUCAAGUGCUUUCCUAGGCCGAGGAUUUACCAGGAUGCCAGGACACUAUAUCGGGCUGCAAGGUCAGGGUCCUUACGAUGA